GAUCACCCUGUGAGGUUAACUUCCCAUGGAAGCCAGUUUUCACCCACUGCCUUACUUGAGCUGGAGAGAGAGAGAGACAGUACACGAAAGACCACCUGGUCUUCCACUUGUUUACUUCCUGGAAUCCUCCAGCAUUACCCCACGUACGUGACACAGAAUCCCAGUCUUGUGGGGUUGGAAGAAACCCGGGUCAGCUGAUCUGACCUGCCAUCCAGUGCAGGCAUAUCUCUCAGACCUGUGUCCGGUGGCUACUUCAACGCCUCAGCCAGCAACUUGGAGUUACUCUAGAUACUAGAGUGACAGCAGCCAGCUGGCUAAGCAGUCACUAUAUGCCACAUACUUUAACCCACCCCACGGAAGAGGCCAGGGUGAUCCUCGGAGGCCCACGGAGGUGUGGGGUCUUGACCAAGAUCACCCAGCGGCGCAGGAAUCCUGCCGGGACUAAACCUGCGCAGCCGCACCCCGCCUCUCCACCGCUUUGUGAAGCUACGACAGACAGGGACCAAAACACAUGUGCUUCAGGCUGACGCUGUGCCAUGACCGUGGCUACCUGGUGACGCAGGAUGAGUUGGACCAGACGCUGGAGGAGUUCAAAGCCCAGUUCGGGGACAAGCCAAGUGAAGGGCGGCCGCGGCGCACGGACCUCACAGUGCUGGUGGCCCACAAUGAUGACCCCACUGACCAGAUGUUUGUCUUCUUCCCAGAGGAGCCCAAAGUGGGGAUCAAGACCAUCAAGGUGUACUGCCAGCGCAUGCAGGAGGAGAACAUCACCCGCGCCCUCAUCGUGGUCCAGCAGGGCAUGACACCUUCCGCCAAGCAGUCUCUGGUCGACAUGGCCCCCAAGUAUAUUCUGGAGCAGUUUCUGCAGCAGGAGCUGCUCAUCAACAUCACGGAGCAUGAGCUGGUCCCAGAGCACGUUGUCAUGACCAAAGAGGAGGUGACAGAGCUGCUGGCCCGGUAUAAACUCCGAGAGAACCAGCUGCCCAGGAUCCAGGCUGGAGACCCGGUGGCGCGCUACUUUGGGAUAAAGCGGGGACAGGUGGUGAAGAUCAUCCGGCCCAGUGAGACUGCAGGCAGGUACAUCACCUACCGGCUGGUGCAGUAGCUGCCCCACAGCCCUCAGGCCACUGCUGUUCACUGCUCACCUUUGGGUCCUGGAGGCAUGUCCAGCCUGUGUGUGCCCAGCCCAAGUGACAUCCGUACCACCCAAUGACCCUCUCCACUCUUGCCCAGCCCUGGGACAUGGACAGAUGGACUGUGACCACCCUACCCUGGCAGUGGGUGUGCUGGCGGCCUGCCUGGAGAGAAUCUGCUCCACCCGAUCCCAAGGCAGGCUACCAGCCACUUGCCGUUCCUGGGCUGAGGGCCCUCGUGGCCUCACCUGGACAUGGAGCCCGCCUGGGGUCCUUACUGACUCGGGAGGGGAUAGGACACCGAGAGGAGGCUGCUGAGGCAGCUAGUGACCAAGGCAGUCCUGGGUCCUUCCCGCGCUCCUCCCCCCAGUUGGGGCCUGGGUCCAAGUCUCCGGUCAGCUCCCUCUUCCUGUCAGCUUCCCAUUGCCGUGCCCUCCUCAUGGUGGCUGUAUCCCCAACCGUCUGUGAGCACUCAGGGCACCUAACAGCAAGAUUAAAACAUGUCUGGAUUUUCAGUUGCUGUUGAAUGCUGAGUGUUUUUAAAUUAAAGAUAGUUUGAGUAAACAA